GCCCAUUGCUCACCCGAGCCAUGUGUUUGUUAAUAUCUUUUUAAACAGACGUUUCGUGAAAUAUCCUUUUAUCAUUUUCAUUCGGGUGGGAAACAAAGAGAUAAAAUGUCAGCGGACGUAGUGAGUAUCCACGCACAAGUGGAGUCUGUGCUGGGUGCUCUCGUCAAAGUCGCCGCUGUGGAGUUGACGAAACUGUUCGAGAGCAGAUACCGAGCCUCGGCGACUGCUGCUGCUGAACAGGACGUGGGCCGCGACGAGAAACACAUAGCGGAUGGAAACUUGGAGUCUAGUUUAUAUUCUGGAGAGAGAAGCCGCACCGUCGGCGUGCAAGUGGACCGAGAUAUCUACCACUCUUUCGACAUUCCAAAUGGUGAUUGUUCCACAGAGUGCAAAGGGGAGGAGGAGCCGUUGGAGUGUUAUGUUCUUCCUGCUGGAAACAAUCCGAAGGUCGGUCGGUGGACUUCUAGGACUGUAAAUCAGCCACAGAGUGGGAGUGAUUAUAUUUUUGGUGCACACUGUUUUCACAGUUGCGCUUUUCCUUUUAAACAGACACCAGCAGAGUUGAGCGUCCUUGAAGCUGAUUGUGAGCUGCAACUUGAUUCGACUUUGAACGUCUUUGCAGAUCCGAGAUGUGGGCCUACCCAAAGCUCUCCACCAAAGCAGAAACCUCUUGCGGUUCAGCAUGACCUGGCUGAUGAAACCACUGGAAGUAAAAAGUUUGUCUGUCCGCUCCUGAAGCCCAUGUCUCCUGCACCUCAACCAGAGGCCAAAGUUGAAGCAAAGCCUCAGCCGUCAGGCGUGAGCACGUCCCACAGUUGCAAUGGGCAGCCCCAAACGGCAGUCCCGGUUGGGCUUUGGCCACAGGUCGUCUCGUCAAAGAGCAAAAACCUCCUCCAGAUGAAGCGGAAAGUCUCCACUUCUGACCAGAAGCUAAUGAGCGAGUGUGCGGUGCAGCUGGUUAACAUGCUGACAGCGGCAGAGAUGGAGGCCAAGAUUCAGGAGAAGGCCGCCCGCAGUGAAAAGACGUGGCCUCUCCCGAAAGAUCUGCGUCGCCACCAAGGCGUUCACACGGGACACCGCCUCUGCUGCUUCACGCCGUGCGGCAACGGUGUCUGGCGGCUCCAGAAAAUCAUGACGCGAGCCCGCGACGGCUACGCCUGUGCCGUCUGCCGCAAGACCUUCAAGCGCCGCAAGAUUCUCCGCCGACACGAGCGCUUCCACACGGGCGAAAAGCCGUACGCGUGCACCAAGUGCUCCAAGACGUUUGCCCUCAGGAGGAACCUGCGCCGACACCUGAGGUUCCACACGGGGGAGAGGCCGCACAAGUGCACGCACUGCGACAAAAGCUUCCGCCUCCGCGGCAAUCUGAAAGCUCACAUGCGCUUCCACACGGGGGAGAAGCCUUUCCAGUGCAACAUGUGCGGAAAGAUGUUCCGGAUCGUGAGGAACCUGGAGAAACACAACCUCGCCGCGUGUGGACUCUUCGUUCCGUCCUUCAGGACCAUCGCGGGCUUGUAGCGGCGGCUCGUUUGCGGCUGCUCACACCAUUGGCUACCUCAGACUGCCGACACUGUCAGGUCUCCACUCUAGCUAACCCUCAGGUGAUAGAAAAGACACCAUCACAUUUACACUUUGUUUUUUAGUACUUGAAGAAAUAUGACGCUGGUGUCGCCAUGUUAUUGGUACGAUCAAAUUUCAGAUGGUUAUUGUACCUUGGUUAGCAUCAUUAAUCUGUCACAGAAGGGCCAACUCUUAACCAAGACGUACUCUAACCAAAUACAUUUUUCCCAUAAGUAAUUAUGUAAAUCCAAUUCAUCCGUUCAAAAUGCGUAUAAAUGAUGAAAGGAAUAAAUUGAACAUUUGACUUUUACCUUUACUGAAGACAUGUUUGUUGCCAAAGACAACACAGGAUCGACACGGACACCACCUUCCUGUUUUGCCAAGAGUUAUUUCUCCAAUUCAACAGUGUUUCUCACCUCAAGCCUCUGUUUUUCGUUUGAUCACGGCUGCAAAACAACACAAAAACCGAGCCAAAAAAAGUUGCAAGCACCAGCAUUUUGAUCAAGACUUGGAGAAACACUAAUCCAAGAAACAACUCAUGGCAAACAGGAAGGUGGUGUCCGUGUUGACACAUUUUGUCUACCAGCAAUCUACCAAUGUCGUGACAAUUAAAUACAGUAAUUUAAAUAUCACACGUAUAUCGUAUUUUCUCCGGAGUAUUAGUCUCGUCAACCAAAAAUGCACAAUGAAGAAGAAAAACACAAGUUGCAUUGGACUAGAAGUCGCAUUUUUGGGGGUAUAUGUAUUUUAUAAAAUCAGAGACCAAGAGCAGACGUUUCAUCUUGAAAGGCAAGUUAUAGUAAUAACAAUAAAAUGAAGAACAGGCUAAUAGGCGUCUGUUAACGUAACAUAUUAACAGUUAAUCAGAUAACUUUAGCCUAAAGAACACAACAUAACUGGUUUACUUGCAGCUUGCAAUCUGCAGAAUAUGCUUUUCUUUUUGGGGGCAUCUGUGUUCCGUCUUUCUCAGCUGUCUUUAAAAGUUGAUGUUUACAUUGUACAUUUUCAGUGGUGCAGGAGCGAUAGGAGUAGCAGAUACUGGCACACUAACCCAGAGCGCCCUCUCGCAGCUGUCGGUGUGGAAAAAAAACAACAUGUAUAUAACUCGCUCUGGAGUGUAAGUCGCAGGACCAGCCAAACCAUGAAAAACAGUGCAACUUAUAGUGGGGAAAAUACGGUAAAUGUGAUGGCGUCUUGGAUCAUAUCAGGCAGGGGUGUCCAAUGUGAGGCAGACAGCUCCUAUUUUAUUGACCCGCGACGUAUCGUAAGAAACAGUUAAAAUUAGGAGAGAAAAAGCUGAAAUACUGACACAAAAUUAGGUAUAUGAGAAGUAGAGUAAAUUUAAAAAUAUUAAAUUGGACCUCAUGGAAGAAGUUUGGACAUCCCUGACAUAAGAAGGCAACACUGAGGGUCGUUUUUUCUUUCCAUACUACUGAUGUUGUUUGUGCUCUAUGACCGGACCAGGUUCUCAGGUUCCGUUAACUACCCGCUGAUGGAGGAAUAUACCACAUACUGUAUGUAGUCUUGUACUGCUCAGUAGUUUUUAUAGUUGCGGAUUAAGAAAAAAUACCUGCACAUCAAUUGGAUUCCAAAAUAUGAGGGCGGUACUGUGUUACACAGAUUCUAACAAUUGGUUCUGAUUGACUCGCUCAGCGGUAAGCCUAUGUUUGGUGUACUUUGCAGUGGUGCUACACACAAGAGAUGUUACAUUCAAUGUGACAGGAUGUCAAACCAAUUUGGGUUCCAUCAUGAUAGUUUUUGAUUUUUGAUAUUUUUUUUUGUAGUUGUUUACUCAUUUUGUUGUACUUUUAAAGCUACAGUAUAUAGCUAUGUCUUUUAAUACUUUAAAACCUCUUUUUUUUAUAUAGUUUUGAAGUUUUUCUUUUUCGCCAUCCUAGAAGUUUAGGAUUCGAACUACUGACUUGAUACGACACUUUGUAAGAUGACAGUGAUUUCAUGUUUGUAACUGUUAAAUGUAUAAAUAAAUGCUUUUCUUAAGAA